GGCCCUGGGGGUCUCGGGCGCCUCUCCACAGCUGGGAUGUUGCCACUGCCACGCCAGCUACCCCAGCGGGAGCUGAGCGUGUAGACUACGGGCGGUUCUUGGGGCUUGAGUGCUGUGUGCGGGAGGGCGGGGGAUACAGGAAGGUUACGCCCGGGACUGCUGACAGUUCCUGGAGGUUGGGACCUCCAGACAGCCGCUGGUCGCACGCAGGAUUUGCGUGAGGCGCUCUGGGAGGCGCACUAGGCACCUGCCAGGAGCAAGGGGGCGCAUUAGCAACCUGCAGGUUGUGCCCCCGGGCGAUUAGGCGGAGAGCGCGCGCAAGGUUUGGCUUUUGUAGAGGGGGAGGGCAGAGCGUGUCUGGAGGGCGAGGCAGAGGAAGGAGGGUGUGAGAAAGGCGGCGGCGCGGAGGAGGGUUAUCUAUACGUUUAAAAACCAGCUGCCUGCGCUGCGCACCCGCGGAGAUUUGGCCGCACGCGCGGGACGCGAGUGCCCGGCGCUUCGCAGUGUGCACAGCCCAUCACCCUCUUAGCCUCCUGCACAAGCAGUCCCCGGGCUCCAGACGAUCUGGGACAGGUUCCCCGGUGAGUUGCUCGGCAGCACAGCAUUCCGAGGCCUUCUUGGGGCGCAGUCAUCCCCGUCCCACCGACCGUGCUUCCAUUGCGCGCACUUUCUUUGCAGCGCGCCGGGCCUGUGAGCAGGCGCCCCGCGGGUGGAUGCGGGCGCGAUGGACGGCGGCGCACUGCCCAGACUCGCGCCUUCUUCGCCUGCAGUCCCUGUCGCCUCUGCUGCCGGGCAGAGAUCCAUAUCACCGGAACUGCUGCGCUGCAGCAGGCGGCGGAGGCCCGGCGCGGUGGAGUCCGGGAGCUGCGCGGCGGCCGUAGCGCGGCGCAACGAGCGCGAGCGCAACCGCGUGAAGCUGGUGAACUUGGGCUUCCAGGCGCUGCGGCAGCACGUGCCGCACGGCGGCGCCAGCAAGAAGCUGAGCAAAGUGGAGACGCUGCGGUCGGCGGUGGAGUACAUCCGCGCGUUGCAGCGCCUGCUGGCUGAGCACGACGCUGUACGCACUGCGUUAGCCGGGGGGCUGCUGGCGCCAGCCACGCGGCUCCAGGUUUCCCGCGAGCCUCCUGAGACCUCACCCACUGCCACUUCGCCUUCCUGCUCCUCAUCGUCCCCAGGCGGCGAGGGUAGUUCAGAGCCCGAGUCUCCGCGCUCCGCCUACUCCUCGGACGACAGCGGCUGCGAGGGCGAGUUGAGCCCUGCGGAGCGCGACCUGCUCGACUUCUCUAGCUGGUUAGGGGGCUACUGAGCGCCCUCCACUCCGAGAUCUGGACGCCUGGCGGCAGGAGCACCUGUCACCUGGAACCCGCCAGGUGGGGACCGGCCCGUGCUCUGUACCCCCCUAGCCAGGGAUCCGGCCAACAUUGCCUGUCCUGCCCAGCCUGACAAGUGCUUUGUGGAACCAACCCGCCUGGCCUCUCAUGGAUUGGCAGCUUCCGCCGGCCCUCCCCAGCUGGGUACCACAGCCUGGAUGUUUUUUACAGAGGACAGGAUUUUACAAGGACACAAGAAAUCUUUUUUUUUUUUUUUUUUUAAAGCACAUUAACUUGAACUGCUGGAAGGACUCUUGAAAAUAAGAAGACUUAUUUUUAUACAAAGUAGCCUUAGGCUUGGAGCACAAUAAAGAUUGUUUGCUUCCCUUCACAA